AUGCGCCACUGCGGGGCGGCCCUGGCGCACCCGCGGGCCGCCGCGGGCCCCACCCCGCUCCCGGCGAUCCGGUCUGCCGCCCCCCCGGCGCCGGCGCAGCGCUGCGGCGGCCUCCUCCGGGAGGGCGGGCGCCGCCCAGCGGACGCGGAGCUGCUCGCGGCCGGCGCCGGGCUCGCCCUCGGCGCUGGCCUCUGCCAGCGGGCGAGGCCGGCGGCGCGCGCGCGGCUCGGGCGGGCGCGGGCAGCGGCGCAGGCAGCUGGCGCCCCGCGCAGGCUGGAGAUGCGCGGGGACGCGUUCUGGCUCGACGGGCAGCGCCACCGCAUCCUAUCGGGGUCCGUGAGCUACUUCCGGAUGGUGCCAGAGCAGUGGAGAGACCGCCUGGAGAAGCUGGAGGCGCUGGGAUGCAACGCGGUGGAGCUCUACGUGCCGUGGAACCUGCACGAGCCGAAGCCUGGGGAGUUUCGCUUCGAUGGCCGCCGCGACCUGCCGGCCUUCUUGGCCCUCUGCGGGGAGCUGGGCCUCGAUGUGCUGCUGCGUCCUGGCCCGUACAUCUGCGCCGAGUGGGACCUCGGCGGCCUGCCCUGGUGGCUCCUGGACCGGCAGGAUCCCGUGCCACUCCGAAGCUCCGAUCCAGACUACUUGGCACGGGUGGAGUCCUGGUGGGGAACCCUUCUGCCCCUCGUGAAGCCCUUCCUGGCGGGCAGCGGCGGGCCCGUGAUCGCUGUGCAGAUCGAGAACGAGUUCGGUUAUUGGGGCAGUGACGGGGGCUACCUGGAGCGCCUCCGCGACCUGUUGCGGAGCGCCUUCGCCCCAGAGUGCCCGCUGCUCUUCACGAGCGACGGCACAUUCUUUCCAGACCUGCAGGAGAACGGCGGGGUAGAAGGGGCCCUGCGGACCGCCAACUUCGGCUCGGACGCCGAGCAGCGCCUGGGGCAACUGCGCCAGGCCCUGCCCGAGGGCCCACUGGUCAAUAUGGAAUUUUGGGUUGGCUGGUUCGACGCGUGGGGCGCGCUGGCGGGGAAGAGCUACCGCGCCGCGGAGGACGUGGCGCGCACGCUGCAGGCCACCUUGGACCAGGGCGCAUCGGUCAACUUCUUCGUCUUUCACGGUGGCACUUCCUUUGGCUUGUGCGGCGCAGGCGCCAACAUCAACGAGGCGGGCCAGUACUCGCCGCAGGUUACCUCCUACGACUACGGGGGUCUUCUCGACGAGGCCGGUGAGGUGACGGACAAGUAUUUGCGCUGCAGAGAGGUGCUCGCUGGCUUCUUGGGCAAGCCUCAGCUGCUCCAGCGCAGCUUCCCCCGCGCUCCGAGACUGCCGAAAUCCCCGCCGCUCGAGCUCGAGGCCUCGAUGGACCUGUCUGCGGCCCUGCCGGCACUCUCGCGGCGGCUGCCGGCGACCCUGUCCGCAGUGCCGCUGCCGGCGGAGCGCAUCGGCUGCGGGCACGGCUGCGUCCUGUACCGCGGCCAGCUGUCGCCCGGCCCCGGCCCACUGCGCCUCGGCCCAGACGCGGUGCGCGACUUCGCCAGCGUGAUGGUGGACGGGCGCGUGCAGGGCACAGUCUACCGCAACGACGGCGCCGACGCUCGCGAGUUCGCCGUGCCGGAGCGGGGCGGCAGCCUUGACAUCCUCGUCGAGAUCAUGAACCGCAUCAACUUUGGCCCAGGCAUGGUGUCGGAGCGCAAGGGCCUGGUGGGCCCCAGCAGCGUGGCUCGGGGCGGGAGCUUCUCGGGGCCCCUGCGGGCGGUGCUCGGCUGGGAGUGCAUCCCGCUGCCGAUGGACGAGGAGGACCUGGCCGGGCUCCCCUGGGGCCAGCACGGCGGCUCGCGCGCGCGCCGCGGCCCCUGGGCGCGCGGCCCGCGCUUCUUCCGCUACUCGCUCGAGGUGCAGUCUCCUGCCGACGGCUUCCUGCGGCUGGAGGGCUUCCGGAAGGUCAGCGAUCCGCAGACUGCGCGUCAGCCUCGCGCGUGCCUGCCCGCGCUUCUCCGCCGGCGGCACGCUCAGCUCGUGCCGGCCCCGCCCGCGUCGUAUUGGAGGGCGUCGGGGGACAGGCACACGUCGGCGCUGGCACGCGGUCUCGGGAUCAUCGGGAAGGGAUUCGUCUGCGUCAACGGCUUCAACCUCGGGCGCUACUGGGACGUUGGCCCGCAGAGGUCGCUCUACCUGCCAGGCCCCCUGCUGCGCCGUGGGCGCAACGAGGUCGUCGUCUUCGACGUCGACCACGCGGGCGGCGGGACCCCGCCCGAGCUCCGAAUCGUGGCGGAGGCGGUGUGGACGGCGGGGGCCCUGCCGAGCGGGGCCAGGGAGGCCCUCACCGACGCGGCCGCGGGCAUCGCCUGCCUGGCCUCGGGACUCCGAAGGAGCGUCGCCGUCGGCCCGCUGGAGGGCCGACCGUUCCUCGGAGGCGCCUCGAGAUCCCUGGAGCUCCCAUCCAAUUCGGCCGGCAAGAGGGCGGACCAGGACGAAGACUCGCUGUUGACCUCGGACUCCCUCUUCACCAACACCGACAAGGCUGGGGCGCUGUUUCCCAGCCUCGGGCACGGCGGCCUCAGGUCCGCCGCAGAGCCGAAAAGUCUUGCAGCGGCCCACGGGGCGUCCGUCGCUUCGCUCGGGGUGGGUGCGGCUGGUCCCAUGGCGGCGGUGAGGAUGUUCGGGGGCAUCGAGUGCACCGAGGACGAGCCCGACGACGACUUUCGCCCCGGCGUUGUCGACCCCGCGGCGGCCGAUGAGAGCGGUGGCCGGCUGGAGGUCGCGGAGGCCGCCGCCCAGCAGCAGGCGGCGGAGCCGGCGGCGCAGCCGCCCGAGGGCGGCGCGGCGGCGGCCGGCGGGGAGCCCGGAGCGGCGGGCGCCGAGGCCGAGGCCGCUCGUGCGCCGCCGGGGCAGGGCGGCGAGGGCGACGGCGAAGGGGAGCCCAGCCAGGCGGAGCGGCCGCGCCAGCUGGAGGGCACGGCGGCGCCGACGGCCGCGGGCGGCCGCCGCGUGCUCGCCUGGAACGACCAGGGGCAGGUCGUCGUCCACGCGGAGCAGAACCGAGUCGAGGUGCGCCGAGAGGGCCGCGGCGAGCCCCAGCGCUUCCCGCCGUUCGAGGGCCUGGAGAUGGCGGCCGUCUCCGCGGGGUGCUGCUGCCUGGGCGCCGGCGCCGGCAGCGCGGCUCCUCGGCUGGUGCUUCGGCCCGCCGAGGCGUGGGAGAAGGAGUCCUUCGCCGUCCCGCUGGGCGGCCCGGACGAGGCCCCCGAGGCGGUCGCGUGCGGGGAGGACUUCGCGGCGGCGCUCACGUCCAAGCGGCUGCUCCGCGUCUACUCGGCCAACGGCCUGCCCAUGGGCCUUGCCUCCGUGCCGGGGCGGGCGGUGGGUCUGGCAGCACGCGGCCAGGAGUGCGCGCUUUGGUGUUCUCCCUGCCCGCCGGGAGCGGCCUCGCCCCUGGCGCGCCCUGCGAGGAGGACGAGGCCCUGGACUUCCGGCUCAUCGACGUCCGCGGCCUUGCGCAGCGCGCGGUCGGGAGGGUGCCGCUGA